UAAACAGCGCUGGAAGAAGGAAAAUGAGUUGCAGCCUCGAACUCUCGCGACUCUGUUCGCUGAUCGAAGGCGCUCUCCGUCCGUACACGGAGAAGGAAUCUAUUGAGUUAACCAAAGAUGAAGAAAAAGACCUUCUUAUUACUCUGUCUAAGAUUUCUGGAGAAAUUCAGCGUUGGGGAGAUGAAAUCGAAUCCGACUCGGAGAAUGAAGCUGUGGCGAAUCAUGUUUUUGAUGUUAAAUGCUUCCCUGAAUUGGACCCACCUUCUGGAGGACAUAGCUGCCUAGUGGAGAUUGUUUCUGUUGUGGCAAUUUUUUUGGAAGUAGGAAGUCAAUAUAUUAAACAUCUGGCAGGAAAUCUUCUUGUGGUCAUCUCCAAAUUUAUUGCUAAAGCUGGAAGCAAAUGGAGUGGAUUUCUUUAUUUGUUAUGUGUUUGCUUAGAUGUGGCUAUCUCGAACAAUCUUUCAUCCUUGACGGUGUCAUCAACAUCUAGGGCCACAGAUUCAGAGUGUAAUGCAUUGAGUUUCAUUUCAAUUUUACAUUCAAGACUAGUAAAUGCGAAUUGGCAUACAGUGGCUGGUCUUUUCAGAGUUUUACGUAAUAUUAUGAAAUAUUUAAAGCAAAACAAUGAUGGCGAUCUUUUAAAAAUAUACAUGGAUUCUAUCUCAAAUGUGUGUUGGGAAUUGUUGAGUGAGAUUCAUGUUGGUCAGACUAAUGAAGUACAGAUAAACUCUACUGGAGUUGCCUUACUGCACAGAAACGUUUGUUCUCCGGAGUCAAGGUUUUUGUUUCUUGGAGGCCUACUUCAACUUUUCUGUUCUCUGGUUGAGCAAAAUGAUUUGGUGGAAUCCAAAGGUGUUCUUGAUAAGAUCGUCUGCCUUGUCCCUAAACUUUUAAAUUUGUGUUUCUACAAGCAAGGGGAUUUUAACAACUCACGCUUUCAUCAAUACAUGAGGCACAAGAUGUUGAUGUUAAUGGUCAGGCUUAGCUUCCAAAUUAAUUGGGAAUGUUCCACCCUUGUUUUGUGGUUGGAAUUGCUUCAUUUCUAUUUUGAAGACCUUAUACUCCUUCCUAUCUCUGCUCGUGAUGCUCUUUUUGAUGAUUGUGUUGAAGGAUCUCCGUUUUUGACAAGUGUUCCCAAUGUAGAUAUCUAUAGAUUAAGCACUCGCCACUUACAAAGACAGGCUAUCUUUCUCUUCCUUAAAUGUUCCUUCCAUUUGGUUUCCCUUGGUCAAGAAACUGAUAAGGAAUGUGCUUGCGUGACUUCAAACUCUUGUUUGACCUGUGAGUCGCAAUCUGACCUUGAGAGUUGCUGUCGAAAGAAGGGUCUGUCAGAACUUUCUGCAUGGCUUAAAACACAUCUGCCUCUGGAAGCAUAUAAAAGCUAUCCAUUGUACUUGGAAAAAUGUAACAUCUUCGCCAUAUCCUUCCUUCAGCUAUUUAUAGAUGAGGAUGAUUUAUUAUUUGAAAUGCUCUUGCAACUGUUGACCUUACCCUUUCCUGCUGAGCAAUUGGGUUGCAGUGAAAGAUACAAGGAUUUUCAGGAGGUGAGCGGAGAUAUCCUCUUUCAUCUUUCAAGCAUUUUUAAUGCGGUACACCUUUUCCAUCUAUUUCUUGCUGAGUUACACUAUGAUCACCAGGUGCUUCUUGAUUACCUUAUUUCGAAAGAUACUGGAGUUAAUUGUGUGCAAUACCUUUUAAGGUGCUUCCGUAUGAUUUUUAAAUCAUGGCAUCUUUUUGUGGAAUUUUCGGUGUGUGAGAGUGAGAUAAGCCAGCCAUCUUGCAAGAAAAGGAAGAUCAUCCUAGACAGCCAAGAUUCUAAUGGGAAAGUGGAUCUUCUACAUGGUGAAACUCCUGUGGCACUUGACAGGGACCGGAGGAGAAAGCAUGAUGUUGCCAGCAAGCCGUAUGAUGAGAUGCCAAAAUCGUUCAAAAAUGCCAAAGACUGUCUUCUAUCCUUGAAAAGAUCUGUGAAAAAUCUUCAUCAGAAGAAUUUGUUUCCAUAUAAUCCAACAGCGCUUCUGAGAAGCUUCAUGAAAUUUGAAGAACUCUGCCAGCAGAAAGAGAAAGAGCAUGUUGUACACUUAUAGAUGUGUGACCUGGUAACUUUUGCCUGCCAAUCAUCUCGAUCACCAUCAAUUUAUUCGCAUGAUUGUACAAAGGGGCAGGCCAAAACUCAGCUCUGCUUGGCUCAUCUAUAGCCUUUGUCGCUCUACAAGUGUUAUGGGGACGAUGUGGACCAGUUUUGGUGUUUGAACGAGGACGGUCCAUAUUCCCUUCAUGUUUGAUUAUUCUUGCUUUGAGUAUUAAAUCAAUACCAAGUAGAAAAUCUAAAUAGCUGCAUAAUGCAGGGAGGCAUUUGAAGAUUAUUGCCGAGCUGUGGUGAAGCUAUUGUUUAAGCUGCUGGAAAUUAUCUCAAUCAGCUUAUGCUUGCCUGCAAAGUGGUUAAAUGGAUUCUUCUAAGAGCAAACCUGUUUUGUUCAGCUUAAUCACUACUCUCCAUCUCCCUCACAUCAUCAUGCUCUUGGUGUUGGCUGACACAAGGACGAUUUCCUCACCGUCCUUGAGCAGGAUGAUGCAGGCAGUCUGAAAAUCUUUUUAGCGCAAGAUGGAUGGUGAGUGGGUGAGGGUGAAGCCCAUCCCUGAUUCUUAUAUCAUCAACGUUGGUGACAUUAU